AUGGCUUGUUUGGUGAUUAGUACAAGUUCGAUUGCUGCAUUCGUGCACGACAAAAGCGAGAAGAGUAGUGAAAUAAAAAGGACGAGAGCGAAGAAGAUUGGCAAAGCUAGAUUGCAGCCGAUUUUGAAAAGGACCGAUUCAGAGGGUUGUCUUCUAUCAAAAAAUUAUCGCAACGAUGGAAACCACUCCCCACGUUCUGAACCAACCAUGGUUUGCUGGUUCGGGAGACAACACCACACGAAUGGAGCGAACUAUGCGUCGGAGAGCCAGCAUGGACCUCGGGCUAAACCAUAA